AUAAUACUUUUCAUUACAGGUAGCAUUGCUAACAAUGGCAGCAAUUACACCUGUGUCACGUGACAGCAAUCUGUACUUGUAUAAAGGAUUCUGUUUUUUAAAGGAUAUGAUGCCACCAGAGUUUAUUGACUCACUGAAGGAUUUUAAAAUAAGAGAUGAUGAUAUUUUCUUGAUUACUUAUCCAAAAUCAGGAACCAUCUGGACUCAGCAAAUAUUAAGCUUAAUAUGCAGUGAAGGACACCGAAAUGGUACUGAAAAGAUUGACACUAAUGAAAGAGUGCCAUGGUUUGAGUGCCAAAUUCUGAAUCCAGAUGUAGAUUAUAACAGUCUUCCUUCACCUCGUCUGUUUGUAUCCCAUUUGUCAGAAACAUUCAUUCCCCAAGGAUUAAAAAACAAAAAGGCAAAAAUUAUCUACGUGAUGAGGAAUCCAAAGGAUGUUAUGAAGUCUUGUUAUCAUUUUCAAGCCAUUGUUAAUUUAGCAGAGGAAUCGCCAGAUUUUAAACACUUUUUUGAGAAAUAUUUGGAUGGAGAAGUUUUGGCAGGCAAAUGGUUUGAUCACAUACGAGGAUGGCAUACUCAUAAGGAUGAUUACAAUAUCCUUUUCUUAAAAUAUGAAGACAUGAUAAGGGACCUUCGCUCUGCUGUGAAGCAAAUUUGUACAUUUUUAGGGGUAGAAUUAGAUGAUGAGGCAAUGGAUAUUGUGGUCAAAAGAGCAACCUUUAAAGAGAUGAAAACGGAUCCUCUUGCAAAUAGAGAAAACUUGCCAGGAGAGCAUUUUAACUUCAAAGCUGGGUCUUUUAUGCGUAAAGGCCAAGUUGGAGACUGGAAAAACAUAAUGACUGUGGCACAAAGUGAACUAUUUGAUAAAAUAUUUCAGGAGAAAAUGGGAGAUUUAUCACUAAACUUUUGCUGGCAAAUUCCCCAAUGAACAAGAAUAGCCCUCAGUUUUCUCUUUUUUUGCUUUCAUAUCUCAUUACAUGAAUAGAAAUGGAUUUCGUUUGAUU